GACACUCCCUGGGGACCGCAGGUGUCGCUGACCCUCCGAGCCUGAGCUGACCCAGUGAGGCCCCUGACCCUACCCUGACCCUCCCCAGGAAGCCAGCCCUUUCUGCUUCCUGAGUGGCAGACCCCAGCCUCUGGCGUGGGCAGGGGCCGCCCUGGGGGCCGGCGAGAGCCUGACCUGACGGCUGCAGGGAGGGUGACCUGCAUGCCAAGCGCCGCCCCUGCGCCAUGGACCGCGGCCAGCCCAGCCCGCAGCCCGCGGCCGCGGCCCCCGCCGCCGCCGGCCCGAGCAUGAUCGCGCCCGUGCGCGCCGUGGUCCGCCUGCGCAGCCGCGUGCGCCUCCUGCGCAGACGGCGCGUCCUGCCGCCGGCCGCGGGGCCGGACUCCGGGCCAGAGGCGCCGCGCGCGGACCCGGGCCAGCCGCGGGUCUUCACCUUCGACGGCCCGGCGGAGCUGGCCUCGAGGCCGCCGCGCAAGAAGCGCCGGCGCAGCCGGGUGGUGCUCUACCCGGAGUCCUUGCGCAAGUGCCGGCCGCGCGCGGAGCGCCGGAGCCGCGCGCAGCGCUGCCUGUUGCUGCUCGUGGCCAUCGUGGGCUUCCAGGUGCUCAAUGCCAUCGAGAACCUGGACGAUAACGCGCUGCGCUACGACCUCGACGGGCUGGAGAAGGCGCUGCAGCGCGCCGUGUUCGGCCAGCCGGCGGCCGUGGCGCGCAUCGUGGCCCUGCUGAGGGACUACCUGGCCACGCACGUGCACGGCCGCCCGCUGCUCCUGGCGCUGCAUGGGCCCAGCGGCGUGGGCAAGAGCCACGUGGGACGCCUGCUGGCGCGCCACUUCCGCGCGGUGCUGGAGGACGGCGCGCUCGUGCUGCAGUACCACGCGCGGCACCACUGCCCCGAGCCGCGCGCCGCGGACGACUGCCGCGAGGAGCUGGCGCGGCGCGUGGCCGACGUGGUGGCGCGAGCCGAGGCGGAGGAGAAGACCCCGCUCCUGGUGCUGGACGACGUGGAGCUGCUGCCGCCGGCGCUGCUGGACGAGCUGCACGGCCUCCUGCAGCCGCAGCGGGCGCACCGCUUCCACAACGCCAUCUACGUGCUCCUCAGCGGCGCUGGCGGCGAGGAGGUCACGCGCUUCGUGCUGCAGAACGCGUCCCGCGCGCUGGCCCUGCGCGCAGACGGCGCCCCCGCGGCCGCGGCACAGGCAGAGGAGGAGCUGCGCGCCCGCCUGAGCGCGCUCCUGGUCCGCGAGCACCCUCUGUGGCAGGCCGCAGCCAUCGUGCCCUUCCUGCUGCUGGACAGGCGGGACGUGGUCAGCUGCUUCCGGGACGAGAUGGCCGGGGAGGGCUUCUUCCCCGAGCAGGCGCGCGCCGAGCUCCUGGCCGCGCAGCUCAGCUACUACCGCGUGGCCGGCCGCGAGUUCGCUGUCACUGGGUGCAAGCAGGUGGUGGCCACGGUGAACCUCUUGUAGCGCAGGCGCGGCCGGACGCAGAGGACGCCCGUGGGCGCGACGGGACGUUGGGUGGGCGGUGGCCGUUGGAGGGAGGGGACCCUGUGGAUUUGCGCCGGGCCUCUGAGGCCCCGAAUAAAUCUGCCAGUGGUCCCUGGCCGGUUCACGCUGGGACCCGGGGGGGCCGGUGGGGCUGGGUCAGCUCUGAGCUCCUCUGCCCAUCCCAACCCCCUCAGAGCCCGGAGCUGCCACCUGCUGGUCCUUCAUUCGGCCUGCAUCCUUCAGCGCCAUGCGCCCCACAGGGCCGGCACCCCAGGGCUGGGCAGCGUGUCCCCGUGGUGCAGAGGGUGGAUGACCGCAGGGAGGGUGAGCAGACCCCAGGGUCACACAGCUGGUCCCCUGCAGAGUUGGACGUGACCACGACUCUCUAGGGUGCCUGCAGCAGCCUCACACACUCACUCACACGGACCCCCACU